AUGGAGCUUGACUCUCCGCAAGGCCUCAUGGUCCAUGGAGAAGUCGGGACGGGAAAAAGCAUGCUCAUAGAUCUCUUUGCUGAGUGUCUCCCAAACCGCAAGAAAAGGCGAUGGCACUUCAACAACUUCAUGCUGGAGACUUUUGCAAAGCUUGAACAGCUGAGGCGCAGCCGCCUUUCCGCGAGUAUGAAUGGUGGUGUUCCCAUCCAGGAUGAUGAUCACUCUCUGCUCUGGCUAGCACGGGACAUGAUCCAGACCUCCCCUAUCCUGUUUCUAGACGAAUUUCAGCUGCCUGAUCGAGUAGCGUCGAAGAUUAUGUCGAAUCUCAUGACCAGUUUCUUCCACCUGGGAGGUGUGCUAAUAGCGACCAGCAACCGGAUGCCAGAAGAGCUAGCUAAAGCUGCAGGUAUGGAAUUUGGACCGCCACCGUCGAGAAUGGAUUCCUUACGGUGGAGGUUGGGCGUGCGUCCCGCUGCAUUGAGAAGCGGCGAGAACAGGCUUGACAGCUUCAACGAGUUUGCCGCCUUCCUGGAUUUGCUGAAAGCAAGGUGCGAAAUAUGGGAAAUGGAAAGCAGCCGAGACUUUCGUCGUGCUGAGGCCGAGGAGAACGGGAGAACUUCUAGCACAACACGAUUGAGUGAAGAUACGGAGACGAUGCCAGCAGCUGAAGAACGAACAGAAACUACUGCUGUACCGGGAAUUGGCCUUACCGUGGAAGAUGCAAUGCCGCCCACUAAUGCCUUGCCUCGAAACUAUUUCGUCAAGCCGGCUGAUGACGACGUGGUCUCCUCUGAGCCUCUCGAAGACUGGGCCCAGUCAUUUGUCACAGCCCAGCUGUCCGCAACUUCUCAAACCUCUACUAUCCCCUGGGAGACCGGCACGAUGCGCGUGUAUGGGCGUACGGUGCUCGUGCCCCGUCACUGCAACGGCGUCACGUCGUGGACUUUCGCCGAGCUUUGCUGCCACGACCUCGGUCCAGCAGACUACAUCACCCUCGCCUCGACCUUCCACACGCUCAUUCUCACAGACGUGCCCAUCCUCACCUGGCUGCACAAGAACGAGGCACGUCGCUUCAUCACGCUGCUCGAUGCGCUCUACGAAGCACGGUGCAAACUCCUCAUUAGCGCCGCUGCGGGACCCGAUGAUAUCUUUUUCCCCGAAGCCAAGGGCUCGACUGACGCAGCGUCAAAAGCCGUGAAGGACAGACUAGACCAGGACGCCGUCUACCCCGAAACCUUCGCCGAAGCCUACCAAGACGUAACUGCGCCCUUCAGACCCAACAUCUCCAGCUACUCCACCGGCGUCUCCUCGCCAGAGCCAGGCUACCUCUCCCCAGACGCACUAGAAGACGACCCGCCGAACCGGCUUCGUCGUGGAGCCGGCUACGCCUUUACGGAAGAGGAGCCGAAGAAGAGCAUGAAGAACGCACCAGACUUCGCUCAGACAGGCGCCUUCACGGGCGAAGACGAGCGCUUCGCCUACAAGCGCGCUAGGAGCAGGCUGUGGGAGAUGUGCGGCGCGAAGUGGUGGGCGCGGAGCGAGGAGGGAUGGUGGCGGCCGCUGCCGAAGGAGGUGCGGCGGUGGGAGACGUCUGCUUCUGCGAUUGAACCUGCGGAAAGGGCAGCCGUUGGAGCGGCGGGUAUGCAACGAACCGAAGGUAUGGGAGGUGCGAGGGAGGUGGACGAGAAGUGCGAUGAGGUGUUGUUUAGGGAUGGUGCUAGCCCGUUCAGGACGAGUGCGGAGCCGCCGCCGAAGAUCAGUUGGACGCAUGUUUGGGGGACGGUGAAGUGGGGGAAGAAGGCUGGGGCGUGGGGAAAGGGAGUUGAGGGGUUGGCUGAGAGAAAGAGGGAGAAGGAUGACAGAUAG